GCGGUGUGGUCGCAGAUGACACGCAGAAGAAAGUGUGUGGGCGGAUGAGGAAGUUCAGAGCACGGAUUGAUGGUCACACACCUACUGUACUCACUUUAUCACAGCAGCAGCAGCACAACGCCGGGAUCUCCAUCCACCAAUUUAUGUGAUCGGAGGUGAUCCGCGCAUGGGAAAAUGAUAAUCAAGUUUGUGCUCAUCCUCUUCAUACUUCUCGAUCAAGGUGCUCGUUCGGAUCUACUGGAAUAUGGCGACGACGAUGAAGAUCCCAACGAUACCACUGUCAAUCAAAUGCUGGUUCCCAGGUCGCACCAGGAGGAUGCCACACUUAUACUGAACAAUUUGCUCAAGGAAUACGACAAGACGCUGCGGCCGGACAUUGGCGUGAAACCUACAAUCGUCAAUGUGGGCAUAUAUGUCAACAGCAUCGGGCCUGUGUCAUCCAUCGAUAUGGAGUACCAGAUCGAUAUUAUCUUCGCCCAGACCUGGGUGGACACCCGUCUGCGGUAUAACAGCAGCAGCAGCAUGCGGCUAACCCUCAACAGCAAUAUGGUCGGCUUGAUCUGGCUGCCCGACACCAUCUUUAGAAAUUCCAAGAAUGCCGACUCUCACUGGAUAACAACGCCCAAUCAGCUGCUCCGGAUCUGGAACAAUGGAAAAGUACUCUACACACUGAGGAUGACCAUCAACGCAGAAUGCCAGCUGCAGCUCCAUAAUUUCCCAAUGGACGAACACUCCUGUCCUCUCGUCUUCUCCAGCUACGGCUACCCACGGGACGAGAUUGUGUACAAAUGGAACCGGAACUCGGUGGAGACCUCGGACCAGAAAUACUGGAGGCUUUACCAGUUUGAUUUCAUGGGGCUCAGAAACACCACAGAUGUGCUCACGACGACAGCAGGUGAAUAUGUGGUGAUGAGCGUGUACUUUGACCUCAGCCGAAGAAUGGGCUACUUCACCAUCCAGACCUACAUCCCCUGUAUCCUGACUGUGGUCCUCUCCUGGGUCUCCUUCUGGAUCAAGAGUGAUGCCACGCCUGCAAGGACGGCCCUAGGUAUCACCACAGUGCUGACAAUGACCACCCUGAGCACAGUGGCCAGGAACUCGCUACCUAGAGUGUCCUACGUGACGGCCAUGGACCUGUUCGUUACCGUCUGUUUCCUGUUUGUCUUCGCUGCCAUGAUUGAGUAUGCCAUGCUCAACUACUACUCCUACAGUAUACGCAGACCUCCUGUCAAGACGCAGAGAAUGGCCUACUCAUCCUUCACCAUGGGUCACACACCUCGGGCCAUGAUGCCCAUGGGCAACUCCCUGUUCUGGCAGGACUACGACGACAACUGCCUAUACGAGUGCCUGGACGGGAAAGACUGCAAGAGCUUCUUCUGCUGCUACGAGGAGUGUAAAGAAGGCGGCUGGAGGAAAGGACGCAUCCACGUCAACAUCGGCGAGCUGGAUGCCUACUCUCGGGUUUUCUUCCCCACUUCCUUCUUGCUCUUCAACAUAGUCUACUGGGUCAGCUACCUCUACCUCUAGGCGGUCUUGGGCUGUGAUCCGCGGGCCCCGCUGAAACAGCCACAGUCCUCGCCACUUUACCACCGCGGCCCGUGAUUUAAGGUCAAAACUAAACAUGGAGGAGAAAAUAAAAGGUGGAUGCGCUCUUUGGGAAUUGUGAAAGACAUGCGGCCUCUGGAGUGGUAAAAAGUGCAUUUGUGCUGGAGUGCACAGAUUAACAGCCAUGAUACUUUGAGCAGUGGCACUCCGAGGAGAAUAAAACGCUCAGCAGUAGAACAACAAGCCGCCAGCAUUAACUUGAUGGGACAGGUCCCGUUUUUGACUCUCUCAGAAACCAAAAAGAGACGUUCGGGGACGGGGUUGCGUUGCUAAAUCUUGGUCAUAGAGAUGGGGAAGCACCCAUAGUGCCUUCUUUUAGAAAGGGUGCGGCACCGAGAGACACGGCUUCAGAGUUCCCUCCGUUAUCUUCAUUACCUCAUCCAUCGCACCGCCGCAUGCUGAGCUGUCUAUUCUUUAAUAAAACAAACCUGGAACACUAACACUGGAAAUGUUUAAAACUAACACUCACCAUUUAUUUUGUAGCACACUAGUUUUAGUUGUACUCUAGAAUUAGUUCUACUUUCUAGUAAUAGCAACCUUUUCUUAUCAUUAAUAUUAGAAUUAGUUGUAUUUUCAUAGCAAGUCAACUAGCUUGCCCAUCGGUAGUUAAUUGUUGAAUAUGAGUUAGUGUCAGGGGCAGUGGUUGUCUGGUAAAAUCUCUUUUUUUUUUUUUUUAAGUCAGUGAGCUUUUGUUCAUGAUGCAGUUUACAGUAGAUGCCAAGAAGAUUUAGGUGUUUUAUAAUAAAUGCUGAAGAACUGCAUAAAUACAUACCAGUCUAAAACUAACCAUGCUAAUUUCAUCCACGGGCAUAUUACGUAUGCUACAGUAUAUGAAUAAACAGAUUAGGGUUGGGGCAGCGUCGGCUCCUUUCUGACAACAGCUUUUUAACAUUUUAUUUUACACACUUUCAUCCUUAUUUAUACAUAAUUCUUGUAUCUAAUAAGGCUUGUAGAUUACCUUGGUUUAAAGGAAAAGUUCAUCAUCUUGUAAACUAUACUAUGUUACCCAGUUAAUGCAAACUCAAAACUUUCUUCAACCUUUUGCCUUGAUACAUUAAAUUUGCACAGCACUAACUCCAUCAGUACAGCAAGAGUCAUGUCAGGCCCUAUUCCUAAGUGAAACUUUCUCAAAAUGUUGAACUAUUCCAAAACGUUACUAACCCCAAAGAAAGAAAUGUCAUCAGCAUUGGUGUCAGUGGAGCGUUCCAGAUGUGCAUGAUGCACGCAAAAUCAUUGUUGGGCAAAAUGAGCUGCAGAGAUAUUAGUUUUGGCCACUAGUUUUGGCAUUUGAGUCGUUCUAUCCAGUUUCAGAAGUAGAGUAGUGUGGGUGCAUAAAUUUGGAGUCUUGAUGAAAGCUUUAUUGUUUUUUUUUUUUAUGUCCCGGUACACGACCCUUUCUAAAGCCAAGUGGCGCGUGUUAUCUGUACGCAUUAUGAGCUAUCCGCGUGUAUGUCUACGCCAGAACGGGACGUUGCAUUUGGAGCUCGGGUUGGGUUUAGGAAAAGAAGAACGGGGUUGGCUUCGGUAAAAGAAGAAAGCAACGAUUGGGUUUAGGAAACAUGAUUCGCGGGACACGAUGCCCGGUCUCCUGGGUGAAAGUCCUGUGUUUGACUCAUUCACCGCCCCAAGCAACCUCCCUACGCGGAUUUUCGGCCUUCAUACAGUGUAUGUGUCAAUCUACGGUGUAAAUUGACACGCAAUCGCAAGGUAAUGUAAGUCAAUGGAGGCCAAACGGCGUUGAUAAACACGCUAAAAAGCGAUUAUGCGUCUUGAUAACAAGCCAAAAUGGCAUACGAAUUGGCGUGUCAUACGUACGCCACUUCAUCAGAUCAGUCUGCCUGAAGGCAUAUCUCCGUGUGCCCUGCUGGCAAUGAUCACAAGUGCUGUAAAAUAGGUUCUAUAUAUUGCGAGGCUCCCUACACUCAAGUCUGUACACAGAGUGGUGUUGUAAAAUGGAUGAUUAAGGAUGGUUGUUAAUGACUCUUGAUGGAGUCCCACAUUCUACUCUUAAAUAAAAUCGAUGCUACAUAUGGAGGCAUAUGGACACAAGAACACAGGGACGCACGCUACAUGUGAAAUAUUUUGAUUUUGUUUACUGUUCUAUGGUGUUUUUUGCAGUCGUUUGGCUUUGUAGAACAAUCAACCCCCUUUUCCCUCCUCCUCUUCCCCCCAACACACACACACACACACACACACACUUUUCCCCCCGGUAUUUGUAUGUUCAGAAAAAAAGCUUUUAUGUAAGAUGUAUCUAAUUAAUGUUUCUAUUUUCAUACAGUUAUAUAUAUGGAAUGUAAGUUAGGCCAGUAGCGAGGCCUGAGUCAACCUGGUUCCAGUUCAGUCAGUUCAAGUUGCCUGAAAUAAAUUUAUAUUUAGGGGACAUACAUAUUCAACAAUAGGCCUCCAAACAUAUUUGUGGCCUGUCCAGAGGUUUGCAAUUAUAAUUCAAAUCGCCUCAAGUGAUGCUACAGAAGCAGCUGAGGGGCUGUUACCCCGUGGGCAAUUACUUACUCUGCUGAUGAAAUACAUUAGCUCAUAAGAGAGUGAAAUUUCAUUACCAUUUUAGAUCUAUCCUAUCUAUGAACUGACUGAAUUGAACACAGCUUGGCCCACACUGCAGUAAACCCUCCUCACCUCUGAUAUCUAUACUACACUUUAUAAGUGUCUUAGUCCAUUGAGAUAUUUCAAUAAAACAAAAAUCACUGUUUUCUACGUCUUAAUGAAAAUCACCUGUGUGUUUCAGCUGACUGGGGCCUGUAUUUAUAAAGCCUCUUUGCAAUUAGAGUACUAACCCUGGAUCAGCACCGGCGAGCAUAAUGAACUCGCUCAAGAGCCUCUUCCGGAGACCUCAUCGCCCCCAUUAAAGCUUCCCAGCUUCUCUGAAAAGCGGUGCAUCAGUCGCACCCGAGGUGUCACAAAAUCAUGUAUUGCUCCUGCUUUGUCCUGCCAACCAAUUUUGUUUUGAUUGUCAGUGAGGUCUCUGGGGGGCAGGGCUGUACAAUAAACAAACAAAAAUACACUGACUUUGGAUCAUCACUCCUGUGGGGAAAUAUUUUAUGAAAACAGGAUCUAGAGUGAAAAUAGGUAUCUUUUUUCUAGUGUGUAGUACAUUGCUUACAUUAAUAAAAAACGUUUUGGUCAAGUGCUA